UUAAAGCAACAGUCGGGUUAUUGGUCGGUUUCACAUGGAGGCUGAUAUGCCGGUUUAGGGUGUUUUCCUAGUCCGUUAUUUUACAUUUUAGUUUUAAUACUGUUGUUUAUGUCAUUUCGUCUCUACGGUCUCUAUAGGAGCUUUAUUUGAGCAAAACUAACCUCAUUCAAAGAGAUCAAACUGAUCGUAACGCAAGCUAACGUUAGCUAACAAUACGUGCACAACGUUACCUGCAAACCGAAGCUAACGUUAGCGUGCUGCUCCGUCGGUAUCUAGUGUCACAGAAGCGUUACUUACACCAACGCUAGAAUGGGUGAGGAAACCAUCGACAAACCCAUUCACACAGGUAGUGAAUCUGUUAAUAACACCAAUGUAGAGGGAAACGGUGAAGCAGCAGAAGAUGUAAAAUAUUACACAUUAGAAGAAAUAAGCGCGCAUAGUGUGAGCAGUGACAGUUGGCUCAUCAUCCACGACAAAGUGUACGACAUCACAAGUUUCCUCGAAGAGCAUCCGGGAGGUGAGGAGGUUCUGCUGGAGCAAGCCGGGGCCGACGCCACGGAGAGCUUCGAGGAUGUGGGUCAUUCCACAGAUGCCAGGGAGAUGCUCCUGCAGUACUACGUUGGGGAGCUUCACAUGGAUGACAGAAAAAAGGAGGCGGCAAAGGAUGACUCAUUCUCAAACUCAGGAGAGUCCAGCUCCUGGACCACAUGGUUGAUAUCUGCUAUUGCAGCAGUUGUCGUUGGUGUUGUUUAUCGCUACUACCUGUUGGAACACAAGUCUUCUUGAGCUGACAUCCUUUUUUCAUCACAUUCUUUUCAUCUGGAGGCCUUAAUGUCUGACCAAAAACCUCCGCACACUGAACGCGAGUGUCUGCAUCCUAGAUAAAGGAGCUGAGCAGUUUGAUAAAGUGCUUUUGUUCUUUUCCAUCUUCAUAGAGUGCACCAAACAAAGGCAAGGACUUUAUUAAAUUGCCAGCCUUCAGUUUCUUUUUAUUUCUCGGUCCCUGCCUGUUAACAAUGCUGUCCAUAACAAUUUUCAAUCUUCAAUUUUUGUCAAUAACUUUGACAACCAUUGGCCUGCUCUGAAAAAGGUUAUUUUACCUGCCUGGUUUACAUGCACCAUCAUAUCACUCAUAGCCAAACGGAAACAUUUAAUGUUGGUAUUCAUAUGCAGAAUGAAAAGAUCAGGGUGAUAGACUAGUCAUUGAGUUGACUACCAUUCUACUUUUUAGACUCAAUGAUUUCUGAUGCAUUUAUGUUUUAAUAAAGUAAACAUUUUAAUUAAGUAAAAAUGUUAAUGAUGCCAUAUGAUAUCAAUCAGGAGUUUAUUAGUUAACACAUUUCUGGUUUAAAAUUGCUUGAUUGCAUUUAUCAGCUAUAGUUUAUACAUUAUCUUUCAAAUUACAGAAUUGCCGUGUCAGAUCUGUUCUUUUGUUUGUUAAGUGAUUAUUUAGGGUAGAAAGCGUUCUGACGUGUCCCGUUUUUCUAUAGUUUGGUUAUCUGGAAUUUGUGUUCUAACUGCCUAAACCAUAUAGAUAUACAUUAAUGUAGUAUGUAAUCCAGUACUAUUAGUGAUUUUGUGGGGGGGGGGCUGUUAUAAUGGUAUGGGAAACACUGCAAUGGUGCGUGAACACCCGUGGAAGAUUAACUAUAAUUAGUUGUUUUUAACCAAUCCUUUUUAAAAACUUUGUUUCAUUGUUCUGCAUCUUCACUUAGAGUGAGUGGUCCUGCAGCUAUCAGAGGGUUCAAAUUGAUUUCAAACCCUCUUAUCAAGUCUGGUGUGUUUCAGGCCACAGAGCAGAUCUAUUUAAGUUACUCAACAUCCUUAAUUCUCUAGGUUGCUGUUCAGUUGUUGGUAAUGGUAAAAAAAAAAAGGUUUGCAAAGCACUUUUUCCCAUGACUAUUGAAACAACAAGUCCACUUACCACCUAUUUAUGAAUAUAACUUGCUAUUUUUGCAUGGGACUAUAAAAUAACUUAGAUGUCAUGAUCUAGUUUAUUGGCAUUGAUGAUAAAGAGUUCCCAUCUCUUUACAUUUCAAUGGUAAAUUUCUGUCAAAAGUCUGAUUAAAAUGAAUAUUUUAAAAUAUG